GUCAGCAAGGGCAGCAAAGUGGCCCCGGGUACUGGGGUCAAUUCCCUUCCAGGUGCAAAGGGCACACGUGGACACCGUUCUGCAGAGGCUUGGCUGGAAACCAUUCGCUGGUGGCAGCAGCAUCUGUGGAGCACUGUGUGCUGAAGGAAAUGGUGUACCCACCCUCUCUCUUGGGUUCUUCUUGUGCAUGGUGUGCAAAGGAAACAUCUCACAGAAGCUGGACACUGCCCACUGGCUGCUCAACAGAGAUGGGCAUGCAAACGAGGCGGAAAUCCUGUCUGCCAUUCCUUCACUUAUUCAUGCUGGCAAUGCAGUGCAUAUUCUUCUUGAGCAAAUGGACGUUGACCCCUCCCAGGUGGCUACCUUGUCUUGGGAUUCUGCAAUGGCAAUUGCUGAGGGAGUGGCAUCUGUGGCCUUCAAGGAGGUUGUGGAUGCCCACCAUGCAGACCCCACCCCUGCCGUGGCCGAUGUGCGAGAGGUUGUGCAACACUUCUCUGACCAUGCUUCGCAGCUGCUAAGCCAGCUGACGCUUGUGCACUACCUGUUGCAAUCUAUGGGGCAGUUGACCCCUGGUGUGCAAUGCCGCCAGUCAGAACUUGUCGAAUGGUUCCAGUCACUCAUUGCCAGGUACGUGACAGACUCAGCUGCCCUAGACAAAAUAGCAUCAGAGGUGGGGAAUUCAGGAGUAGCUCACGAGGAUGCAGGAACGGUUGGGGCCAGUGCACUCCCUUUGGCAGGAAGGCAAGCGUCUCGUACCCUAUCAAGACUGCAGAAUGAAGGCUCUGAACUGGCAGGUGUUGAUAUCAGCCUCACUGGGGAACCUAGCCAGCCUGUGAAGGCACUGCAGAGCCUCUUCACUGAGAGCCUGGGAAGAUAUUCUGAACUGCUGCCAAAGGUGGAGGCGGUUGAGAAAACGAUGCUGCCUUUGAGGAGGCAGCGUUCCGAAAUGCAGCCUGCCCACAAAAUGGACAGCGUCUUGUCACAAAUCAGUGGCCUUUUGCUCCCAAAUGAAUCAAUCUCGACACUGGAUGCUAUGGGUGCCCCACCAACUACAGAGACAAAUUCAGAUUCAAUGAGCACUUUACAGCAGAUAGGUCCCUCGCAAGAUGGCGUGCGAAACAGUCCAGACAGAGAAUCGCAGGCCAAUCCCGCACAGGGCUGGCAAGAGCUGGCGCACGAAAUGGGGCUGCGACUUGUUCUUCUGUGGGCUGUGCGACUUCUAUUUUUGGUGGCAUUUGCUUGUGGGAAUGCAUCUCUGUGUGUGUUCAUCGUCACGAGGUUGCGUUACAGUGUCGAGGUGGCCCUGUCGCUAAUUGCUGCUCUCAACGUGGGACUGGCUCUCAUUGCAAUUUGCUGCAUAUUAAGGAUACAAAGCAGGGGGGCUGCAGCACAGUUGGAAUGGGGUGGCUCUCGAAUUAAGGUGCCAGCCGUGGUGCGAUCGGUGGUUGGCACUGUAAUGUCAAAGGCGCCCUCAAGCCCCCUUGCAGGGGAACGAAAUCCGCUGCAGGCAGAAAUGCGACCAGAUGAGUAA